ACCUUUAUUUUGAAGUGUUUCAGCUUUGGUGGUUUACACAUCCCUGGUGACUCGUGGAGAAAAAUGAGAUUUGUUCCUAGUGAGAAGCCAGUCGGGUUACUGUACCUGAGGCUGUUGUAUCUGUCGACGCACUGAAGCACAGCAGGGUGUGUUUUUGAGCCGCGACCAGCUGAGUUUGUGUUUCCUCGUGAAGGCUGCAUUCCACUAACCCAGAAAAAGAUUUAGUAUGUCCCAAAUAGUAUGUCAGAAACAGUUAGCCAAAAAUAUCACAACGUCCGACUGCAUCUGGCCACAUUUUGCAGUCUCUGGGUCUUUUUUGGUCUCUCUGACCCAAAGUCCCGAGCUCGCCGUGAGAAACAGCAGAGAGACGGGACCACAGUGACGCCGCACGCGCAUGAAAUCGUUAACUUUUAAUGAUGAACACAGACUGUGCUGUGACAGCAGUCACGGUUUGACUGCAGGCGACGUUUUCAGACUGUACGACAUUCUGAAUUUGGAGGAAAACGGAAGCAGUCGAACGUGACCGCCAGGUGAACGCAUCAGAGAGGGAGGAGCAUCGUCCUAACACGCUGACUCAGCACUGUCACCUCACAACAAGGUUCGUGGUUCAAAUCUCCUGAUCAGCUGCACAUGCUCCCUGUGGUUCUACAGUGACUGUGGGCGUGGCUGACACUGGGACGGAGGUUUUAAGUGUCAGUGCAAACGGUCUUUUAUUGUAAAACUCUGCACGUACAGGUACAACUCAUACGUCCAUCCAUCAUCCCCCUGCUGAUGUCACAUCACAGCUUAAUAAUAUUAAACAUGCGUCUAACAAUGAGCUCAGAGUGUGAUUAAAAAGCUUUAAACAUCUCUAUCACCUCUAUGAUGUCAUCGAGAGGGGAUAUCAUUAUAUGCUCAGCCACAGAAGCUCCACCCACUGACUGUUCAAACCAUCAGUUUACAAAGAGCAGCCAAUGAGAAGAACGUUGUCUUAAAGGGGGAUGAGCUUAAACAGCUCCUUUCAGACAGGGAUCAAUCUCUGAGCUGAAAAUUGAGACACCAAAAGCUGCAGUUCCUGUAACGUCCACCGGGGGCUCCAGCAGGGGUUCAACAUGCUGAUACUGAGGCUCCACAUCCUCCCUCUUCUGUAUACAGUCUGUAGUUUCUGAGUAAGAUUAAUCUGGAUGAUUUUACGCCUGAUGAGUCUGACUUCACCGUCUUCUGGAUUUCUGUGAGACUUUCAUGUGUUUAACUCGGGAUUAACUUUUUAAACUGGCUCAGAGUCCACUUUAACCAUUUAACCUCAUUUUUAAUAGUUCAUGUGCAGACAGACGUCCGGCAUGGGAACAGCUGUGCUUCGUGGCGAGCAGUCGUGUCACAGCAGCUUCACAUGAAUCAGAGACCCCGUGAAUCGAGCAGCACUGCAGGCGCAUCGGUGUGAGCUCACACGCCGCUGUGCGCUGACAGAACUUCUCACGAUGGGCUAAAGCAAACACAAACAUCCUGUGAUUUGGAGGAAAUGUGUUUAUGUCACAGUUAUUAGCCGUCCUGUUUAUUAUGCAUCAUUAACGUGCUUAUUUUACAAACUCUUCUCAGCCAAUCAGAGCCGACGAUGACGAGGAUGAGCUUUGUGGCAGAGCACUCUGAGGAUGAAGCAAACACUGACAGGACCCUCGCUGGGGUCUAAUUUACCACUUCCUGCUGCCACCAUGGUUACCACCAUCAGGUGACUGAUCACAGAGUCAUCUGUUACCAUGGUGAUCUCGGCGUGGAUGUGUUCUUGCAGUUUUAACCCCGAGUCGGUGCUCGGUGAAGCUCUCGGGUCAAACGGUUCGUCUCUGACAUGCUGAGCCUGCUGGCGAGGGGUGGAUUUGAGUCGGUGACCAAUCAGAGCAGUGUGUGUGGCGGGAAACCAUCAGCUGUCUAUGAGCUGAGAGGAUAAAGGUGACCCGUGCAGGUGCCGCUCGCGUAUCAGACGGCCUUCUCAGAGCAUGCAGGAUGGCUGCGUGCGUCUCAAAGCGUGGCUCGGCUCGACUCUUCAGGAAUGUUGUGCACAUCCGGCUGUUCCCUAAUCUGACUGAUUUAAACUGGAGAGGAGGACGGAUGCAGCGAGAUGAUAGCCGUGGUUUCAGAGUGCGGCCUGCUGCGGCUCUAAAUGCUUCGCAGCGUGUUAUUAAGGAGUCGCUGUGAAGACGCCGCCAUGCCAAAGCUAACAGAUAUAGUUAGAGGUUACGCUGACUGUCACUGUUGCUCCAUUUAGACGCUCGCUCCGACCAGCACAAAAACAAGUCUUCCUUCACACGGUGUGACCUUCAGCUCGGCGAGGAAACCCGGCCUCUGCUGCACACGAGACAUAAAAACACAGCUUCAUAUGGAGGGAUAAACCUGAGACAUGGAGGCUGACAACAAGCUACACGCCUACAGCUCCUGCAUACAUAGGCGGAUGUGCACACGUGUUUCAUGCCAUUAUUUGAAAGGACUGAGUGCUUCGUGUCACACUGACCCUUUGUUUUCACUGAUGCUGUGGUUGACUGAGGUUUGCUGUCACUGCGGUGUAUGGGGCACAGCAGCCCAUCUCUGCACAGGUCGCUGUGAAACCACCCAUGAUGGUUUGGAGGGUCUGUACGUAAAACCUCCGCUAGACACAACACAGUAAGCUGAGCUGUGUCAAAGUCACCCACACUGGAGGACUGGAACAUCUGUACUCCUAAAAACAACAACAAGCAGAGGAACUCGACGAGGAAGCUAGCAACAAAAACUGAAGGCAGACCGAUUGGAGUGACGGUCGCUGGCUGAGGUGACCAACUCUGUCACAACUCUGAAAAACAAACUGGCAUAAAGCGGAGUGCUGCUGAGAGCAGGAUUAUGCUAGCUGAAGAACAGCACAGUCAAAUCUACCAGGACAAUGAAGCAACUUUCCAUCUAGAAUAUCAGAGACAAAGAGGUCAGGACUCUUUGCUGGUUUCUGUAGUUUAAAGAGGGGCUGGCACAUGACUGACAGCACAGAGGACGGGCUGAGACAGAACCACAGCGAGUCCAGUGCAGACAAGACGUUUGGUGAAAAGGGAAGUUUGUGUGGAUUCCAUCUGAUUCCGGGCUUCAAGACAGGAAGCUGCAUCUAUUCUCAGUCCUGAAAGCAGUGGAGCAUUUCUACCAUCCUGGAAACGUCGUCUCGCCUCUGCUCAAACACCUUUUUCUUCUUUUUCUCAACCAGCUUCUGUUCAGGGUUCAAAACAACCUGAGUUCUGUUUUCCAAAGAGUACGUCACUCGACCUGCGACACGUGAGAACUUCACAGGUUUACUUUCAUCUAUGUGCCGUUCAUGUCAUCAUAGCAUGAAGCAGGACUGACAUGCGUUUCUCAACCAUUAGUGAUUUCACACAGUGACAGAGCCUGAGAACUGAGGAAGUAUGAGCGGCUCACCAAUUAGAUUUCAUAAAACAUUCGCAGAAACAUAUCGAAACACGUCGCCCUUCUUAGCGUAGUGCUAAGACCACACACCUUUGGAGUGAAAGUCGCGAGUUUGAUUCCCUCCCAGUAUCCAGUAAGGGUCCUGGCUAGGCCCACCAAGCCCUGGAAUGGCGUGGCUACAUCUGCAGCCUGUCCGCAGCUUGGACACGUCACAUUUCACUGCAUGUUGUACUCUGCAUGAUUGUGUACGUGACCAAUAAAGCUCGUUUCUUUCUUCUUUUCUCAGAGUGUGGCAGUAAUCUCACUGGACACUCAGUUUAACAGGUUCUGAAAUAAAAAUAUGAUCAGCGUGACCGCGGCGUGCUCAGCGUGACCGCGGCGUGCUCAGUCAGUAGAUCUAUCAGAGUGUUUAAACAGGUGUUUCAGUAGACGAUGAGCCUUUAAUGAGGAGCUCUUGAGUCCGUGUCACUGAGUUUUUUAUUAACUGAUUUGGACAGAAAACUCCCACAUCUGCAUUGACACGUGGGCCGUUGCUUUCUUUAGUAUUUUGACACAUCUGCGUCGUGGGUGGAUAUGAAACAUGGAAACACUGUCCCAUCACAGUUACAGAAGAAAAGCUGCUGCUGACGUUUGGCACAAAGCCCUUCGGCGUGCAGGGGAAACCCGGUGUUGCUCAUGUUUCCCGAUAUGGAGAAAUUCAGAUUUGAGAGCUGGGGGUCGGGCGGAGGUUUCAGGACGUGCCUGACGAGGUGAGAGAGGAGACUUUAAGGGGCCUCAGCACUGGGACGGGCUGAAACGCUGCAGCCAUCGCCGUCACAUCCUGGGCCUCUGGAGACAGCGAUCAUAUUUGUGUUUGACUGGCUUUACUGCGUGUUAAUAAAGAGGACCUGUCUUUGACUGCAGCCUCACCCCCUCUGUUUAUGUCUGAGGGUGGGAGGAGUCUCCCUUUGAGCCCACUUCCUCCUGCCGGCUGAUACGCACACUCACAAAUAUCUGAGCACCCUGUGCCGCGGUUAUUACUGAGACUGCAGGAUGGAGAGGUUGUAGCACAGCUGCCGAGGGUGAGACCGACGACAGAGGGGUGGUGGUGCGCUUUUAGAGUGGAGAAAGACACCAGCCGUGGGUGUGUGGAUGUCUGCAGAGCGAACCGUCCAAUCAGAGGCCCGAUGAGACAAGAGCGGGAUAAUCCACCGCACAGAGCGCCGAGCAGCACACGUGCUCUGGAGAGAUGAAUGAGUCAGGGUGAAACAGUGUGAGAGCGCGAGCAGUAUGAUGGCGAUCAACAAGUCUGAAGAAGACACGAGCAACUGCAGCAUCAACCAUGAGAUCCACCAGCAGGUGUUCUCCUGCGUCUACAUCCUGGUGCUCGUGGUUGGUGUUCCUGCCAAUGUGUACUCGCUGUACCACGCUGCCCUUCAGCUGAAGCAGAGGAAUGAGCUGGGAAUUUACCUGAUGAACCUCACUGUGUCUGACCUGCUAUACCUGGCGUCUCUGCCUUUCUGGCUCCAGUACUUCUUUCAGGACGAUGAUUGGCGUCACCGAGAAUGGCUGUGUCAGAUGUGUGGUUUCCUGCUCUAUGAGAACAUCUACAUCAGCAUCGGCUUCCUGUGCUGCAUCAGUCUGGAUCGCUAUCUGGCUGUGGUCCAUCCUUUGAGGUUCACAGCUCUGCGCUCCAUGAAAGCAGCGUCCGUCAUCAGCGCCAUCAUCUGGCUGAAGGAGAUCGCGGUGGGCGUCUUUUUCUUUCACCAUAAGGAGCUCAGCAAAGAUCCCAAAAACCACUCGCUGUGCUUCGAGCACUACCCCAUGAAGUCGUGGGAACGUCCAAUCAACUACUACCGCAUCAGCAUCGGCUUCACGUUCCCGCUGGCCAUUCUGUUGAUUAGCUACCUGUGGGUCCUGCGAGCCGUGGGCCGGAGCGCGGGAACGCAGCCGGAUCAGAAGAUGAGGAUCAGGCAGUUAGUCAGCAGCACCAUCCUCAUCUUCCUCAUCUGCUUCUCGCCCUACCACGUCUUCCUGCUGGUGCGCACGCUGCUGGAGGAGGAAUGCAGCUUCAUCGAAGCCAUAUUUAACUACUACCACCUGUCCCUGCUGCUGACCACCCUGAACUGCGUGGCCGACCCCGUUCUCUACUGCUUCGUCAGCGAAAGCGCCCGCCGAGGCCUCUACAGAGUCGUCUUCAGACCUGUUGCCAGGAUACUCUGCUGCUGCCGUCGCCGUGGCAAUGCCAGUCCCGCCAGUCCGGCUAACGACUCCCACGAGGUCGCCACAGACGAGAACAACGGCCAGCCGAACGUGACGCUGCUCACGCACAGCAAUACGCUGAACAACGGCCAAACGGACGCUGCCUGCAGAAACACAAGUUUAAUCACACGGAUGCACGAAGAAAGCAUCAAAUCACGAGUCACAGAGAGUAACACGGCCUUGGAAAUGCGUGUGACAGAGAAGCAGAAACAAAACCCCGACAGGACGGAGGGACGUGGGCAGAAAUGAAAUGAUCAGCAUGCCUCUGGGCACCAAUGACCCACCUGCACGACGAGGGCGGGCUGUUCUCUGGGGGGGCGUCUCUGUGCUGAUGCAACAGCCCAGCCUGAGGGAGAUCAGGGUGGAUCUGAGGUCUGCAGUCUGAAAGCCCCCAUUACCCCUCUGUGGUGUCUGACACGGCGCAACAUGGCUGACAAAACGCACAUGAGGAGAUCUGAAAGACUGCAGAGUGUCACGGCAUCACUUCUAAUAAGACUUUAUCAUGUUAGACACACAUUCGCGUCUAAUAACGCGCCUGAAAGGCUCCGUGUGGCAGCGAUGAGGUUCCCGUCAAACAGUGAAACAGGAAGCAGACGUGGAAGAAAUAAACCGAACGUUUUCACUGCAGCGCCGGAACAAACAACAGGAUUUCCUGUACUUUGAUUUGAAGAACCACACGUAACAUGAAGGGACGCAGGAAGACCCGACAGAACAUUAGAAACGAUUAUUGAUCAGUGAUCAGAUUUGACCCAAUGUUAACCAUCGAUUGGCUCCAGGACUCAUUAAAUGGGCCGAUUAUGACUUAAAACAAGCUGAGACUUUGUGACCCCUAACCUUUGGUGACCUGUUAGAAAGUGUUUCCAGAGUUCUUGUUAAAACGUAGUUUAUUAUAACAGUGAGUCACACCGAUGUUCCUCGCCGUCAGAUAAAUUCAAUUCAAUUCAAUUCAAUUCAAUUCAAUUCAAUUCAAUUUUAUUUAUAUAGCGCCAAAUCACAACAAAAGUCGCCUCAAAGCGCUCUAUGUUGUACAGUAGAUCGCACAAUA